CACAAAGCAAUUCCGUCUGCUAAAGCUUUUUAGGGCACUGCUCGGUGGUCGCCACUACGCUCGGGACUCGGCCGCCCCAAGGAAAAAAGUCGCGCACUUUCCUAUUCUAUCUCCUACGGCGUACCUCCGACCAUUGGCCAGGCAAUGAUCGCCGGCCGGAGUUGAUCGGAGUUUCGCUUACCAGCGGCGGAGAUUUCGAGGUGAAACACCGGAGAUCCUGGAAUGCGAGUGAGUAGAGAGGUGCCUGAAGAGGGGAUCUGAUCUGUCGUUGCUCAGAACUACUAGUCCUGUUUAUCCUUGCUUUGAUUUGGGAGAUUUGAACUUGGGAUUAUGGAGGGACGGGGGUGGAGAUCCGCCUUGUCGAUUGCGCUUGUUUUGGUGCUUUUGGCGUGGCCUGCGGCGGCGGGGAACACGCCCGCGGAAAUGGUAGCCGUUGGGCCGAAGCGGCAUGCGUACGCUGCGAUGAUGUAUAUGGGUACGCCGCGAGACUAUGAGUUUUAUGUCGCGACGAGGGUGAUGAUGAGAUCCCUUUCGAAACUUAGGGUUGAUGCCGAUCUUGUCGUCAUUGCUUCUGUUGAUGUCCCGAUUGAAUGGGUUCAGGCCAUGAAAGAGGAGGACAUGGUGAAAGUUGUGACAGUGGAGAACUUGAAGAAUCCAUAUGAGCAGCAGAAAAACUUCAACGUUAGAUUUAAACUUACGCUAAACAAACUUUAUGCCUGGAGUUUAGUGGAUUAUGACCGAGUUGUCAUGUUGGAUUCCGACAAUCUGUUCCUUCAAGGCACGGAUGAACUCUUUCAGUGUGGUCAAUUCUGUGCCGUUUUCAUCAACCCAUGUAUCUUCCAUACUGGUCUUUUUGUUCUUCAGCCUUCUAUGACUGUGUUUAAUGACAUGCUUCAUGAGUUGCAAGUCGUCCGCAGUAAUCCUGACGGUGCCGAUCAGGGAUUCCUUGCCAGUUAUUUCCCCGAUUUACUCGACCGGCCAAUGUUCCAUCCGCCCGUCAACAACACAAAGCUGGUCGGCACCUACCGUCUUCCUCUCGGAUAUCAAAUGGAUGCUUCCUAUUACUAUCUUAAGCUUCGCUGGAGCAUUCCAUGUGGUCCUAACAGCGUCAUAACAUUCCCAAGCGCUCCUUGGUUGAAGCCAUGGUAUUGGUGGUCAUGGCCUGUUCUUCCAUUGGGGUUUUCAUGGCAUGAGCAGCGGAGAAAGAACCUCGGCUAUGCUCCGGAGCUUCCAAUCAUGCUCAUCCAGGCUGCAAUAUAUGUUGGGAUAAUAGCCAUCACCCGCCUAGCUCGGCCGAAUCUGUCGAAGCUGUGCUAUAACCGGCGGUCCGAGAAGAGCCUUACCUUCAUCCACUCCAUGUAUAAGGUGGUAGUCAUGUGGUCCAUAAUAGCAGCCUACACAGUUCCCUUCUUUCUCAUUCCCAGAACCAUUCAUCCUGUUCUCGGCUGGUCGCUUUAUCUGCUCGGCGUGGCAGCUCUCGCCUCCAUCGCCAUCAACUCGUUCCUACUCGCUCCACUGCCAGUCUUAACUCCGUGGUUCGCGAUACUCGGCGCGCUUGGGGUGAUGGCAAAUCCAUGGUACUCCGACGGCGUCGUGAGGGCGCUGGCAGUUUUCGCAUUCGCAUUUUGCAGCGCACCGGUGAUAUGGAUCCAAUUGUCGAAGGUUAUGAGCAGCCUCCAGAUGCUGGUUGAUAGAGAGGCUUUCUUCACCAGAUUGGGUGAGUCUGGACAGAUGUCUGAAAUUAACAAAUUAUAUUGAAGAUAAAGUGGUGAAAGUUGUUUUAGUCUGAAAUGAAAGAUUCAAUAUAUAGAUAUAUAUCCAUUCAUUUAGAUGAUUUUCGGUAUGAUGGUAAUUAGUUGGAAUUACUGGAGCUUUUGUGCUUUGAGGUGGGUAGGGUGGGAGAGAAAAUGGGUGGUAUUACUGCUCUGUGGCUGUUUUUACCCGUUGGAAAUACAAAAGCUGAUAUUCUUUUGAUAACU